GAAUACUGCUCGGAAACUCCAGCGAGACUUUGCAGGAAUCUCGGAGAAGCAGAAAAGGGAAGGGUCUAGGGUUUUACCAUUGAAGAAACCAGACAAGGUUAGAAGAACGACGAUAGCCGAGGGAACGAUAGACAGUUAAAGGAAUGACGACUCGAAUCACUCCCGGCGUCGGGGCGAAUUUGCUCGGCCAGCACUCUGCCGAGAGGAAUCAGGAUGCCACCGCCUACGUCGGCAACCUCGAUCCCCAGAUGAGUGAGGAGUUACUAUGGGAGUUGUUCGUUCAAGCUGGCCCCGUAGUGAAUGUCUAUGUGCCAAAGGAUAGGGUGACUAACCUGCACCAAGGAUAUGGAUUCGUGGAAUUCCGAAGCGAAGAAGAUGCUGACUAUGCAAUUAAGGUGUUGAACAUGAUUAAGCUAUAUGGGAAGCCGAUUCGUGUGAACAAGGCGUCACAAGACAAAAAGAGCUUGGAUGUCGGGGCGAAUCUUUUCAUCGGAAACCUUGAUCCUGAUGUUGAUGAAAAGCUUUUGCACGACACUUUCAGUGCAUUUGGAGUAAUCGUUAGCAAUCCCAAGAUAAUGAGAGAUCCAGAAACAGGAAAUUCUCGUGGUUUUGGUUUCAUUAGUUAUGACUCUUUUGAGGCUUCAGAUGCUGCCAUUGAGGCAAUGACUGGUCAAUACCUGUGCAAUCGUCAAAUAACAGUGUCAUAUGCUUAUAAGAAAGACACUAAAGGGGAACGUCAUGGGACCCUGGCAGAGAGAGUGUUGGCUGCCAGCAAUCAGAAUACUACAAAAAGUCGACCCCAUACCAUGUUUGCCAGUGGACCUCCUACACUUCCUGGUGUCGCUCAGGCAAAUGGUGCUAUGGUUGGUGCACCAGUGCCACCCCGUCCUUUUGCAAAUGGUGUUGUUCCUCCAAGUCCGGUAGUUCCUCAGUUGCGUGCACCAAACCCAGCCUUCCCCCCAAUGCAGAUGGGUGGUGGACAACCCCAUUGGCAGGGUCAGCCUCCACAACCAAGUCAACCCAUGGGACAUAUGCCUCCACCACCUCCAGUUCAGUUCAGGCCUCCACCUCAAAACAUGCCACCACCACCUCCCCAGGGAAUUCCCGGAGGCUAUGCAAGACCUCCGCCUCAGCCAAUGGCAAUGAUGGGAGGUCAGCCACCGCAACAAAUGUGGCGGCAGCCACCUCCUCCCCAGCAGUUGGCUGGUAGGCCCCUCAUGCAACAGAUGCAACCACCUCCUCCGCCCCCAAAUAUGAUGCCGCCGCCACCUUCAAAUUGAUUGCUCUCACCCUCUCAUUUCAUCACCAGGUUUUUAGUCUCUCAGAAGUUUGUCAUAUCAUUAAUUACUGUUCGUGUCUGGAACCGUUGAGCCAUUAUCUAGGAAGAUAGAUGAUUUAAUGUAAAAAAAUUCGUUCGAACCGGUCUACUCUAUCAAGCUAUGUGAAAUCAUACUUUCAUCCCAAAGCCGUUAACUAUGUGUCCGUGCUUGAUAAACAGAUCUUUUCUUCAGGUUUCUGAAUAUGCCUUUAUCACAGAUGUUGGAAUCAACCCAGGUUAUCAGGAGGGCUUCAGAUCGAGGAGAUUCAUCUCUUUACAAGCACUCGAAUCCGGUAAGAAUCUAUUGUUCUGAAGCACUCCUUUUUGGGCCACAUAAAGGUUUUCAAAGAUUGGUGAGACAGAGAUUCGGCUUUAAUGGAGGCGGUAAAGCUUUUUUCCUUGUGUUGGCAUGUGAAUGGGAAUGGACCAUGGGGCUGGCAAUUGUGAGUGCGAAACUAGAAGCCCUUCCUUCAGGCUGGGAAGGGAGAAAAGGGGGUAAAGUUAAAGUUGGGUUUUAAUCAUGUGCUACUGUUUUUGUACCUUUAACUGAAAGUCAGACCUACAUACUUUCCCCCCCUCUUCCCCUCCCUGUUCUCGUUAGUGGGUUUGUUGUACAUCGGAGUAAUGUGUUGUGUGUCGGAUAGUGAUAAGGCAUUUUUGAAGAAAUCUUCUUUCUGAAUUAGCCAAAAUUGAAGAAGAAAUCUUCUUCUUCUUCUUCUUUGUGUACUUUGAUCCAUCGAUGGAGUUUCCCUGUUAGUGAUUGGGGAAAUUAGUGGGAGCCUAAUAAUGAUAGGGCAAAUGAUUGGAGGGUUUAUGCUAUACUGACAUGUGGCAUGUCUGUAGGUCUGGCUAAUCAGUAAUCCCUGCCGCCCAUUUUCUUGUACUUGCUUUGUAGGACGUUUUGUGACGUACACAUUAGAAUGCGAUGGUA